AAGUUAAAAACGAUAAUGAAAAGAAACCUUGUUUCACUAGAAGUUUACUUUGUAAGGUUGAUGAAGGAAUACUAGAUGAAUUGGACAUUGUUUUUCUCAUAAAUAAUAUUUUUGGUGCUGGAACUGAUACUGUUUCUUCAAGUUUAACAUGGUUCACGGCUGCUUUAGCCAAUAAUCCUCAGGUCCAAUAUAAAGCCCACCAAGAACUUGAUCAAGUAAUUGGCCAUUCUCGUUUACCGAAUGCUUCUGAUGAACCAAAUUUACCUUAUAUACGUGCAAUCAUCAAAGAAGGUCAAAGAUAUUGUGCGCCAGGCUAUCUUGCUAUAUCUCAUUAUAUUGAAGAAGACGAUGAAUAUAAUGGAUAUCAUAUUCCAGCAAAUUCUGUUGUUAUUCUAAAUCAAUAUGGAAUUCAUAUGAGUGACAAAAGAUAUGAAAAUCCAAAAGAGUUUAAGCCUGAAAGAUUUUUUGGAAUUAAAGAAAGUAGUGCAACUUUAGCAAAUGGAAAUUAUGAAAAUAGAGACCAUUUUGGAUUUGGAGCUGGAAGGAGGCUUUGUACUGGAAUUCAUAUGGCUGAGCUUGAGCUUUUUUUGGGCAUUUCACGCCUUCUUUGGUGCUUCAAAAUUGAAAAUGCAUCACCAUUAGAUAAAAACGGUAGACCAAUACCAAUUAAUUUGGAAAAAGCACAUAUUGGUAUAACUGUAUGGCCAGAAAAGUAUCAUGUUAAAUUUGUAAAAAGACAUGAUAAUGUUGAAGCUUUAUUGAAUGAAUAG